UUCCUUUCCGCCGACUGUGUGUACUCGAGUUUCGAGCGUCUUAAAACCGCAUGAGGUAGCAGGAAGAUGUCCUCCACGGACGUCAACGAUUUUAUCCGGCAAAACCGUGCCGUGGCCGACCAAGUGGAGACGUUCCGGGGACACUGGGAGAGCGACAAGCAUUGGGUGCCCAGGAGGGAAUUCAUACUGCGGAAUAUGAGCGAGUUCGAGAGCGAGCUGCAAAUGGACCAGCUGCUUUCGCUGUCGAUGGUGUGGGCCAACAACGUAUUCCUCGGCUGCCGGUAUAGCACAGAGCUCCUGGACAAAGUGAAGGAAAUGGCCGAGGGCGUUGAGGUGGAGGACGCGCCUGUCUUCAAGACAAGAGAUGAGAUCAUAAAGCAGCAGCAGGGCAGAUGAUGGAUUCCUCUUCUUACUCUUGGGAAUAUACAGGCUGUGCUUGUGUGACCACGUUUAUGUGCAUUCUCAUCAAUAGACUCUUUUUUUUUUAAUGAAUCAAUGUAUGAUGUCAGCAAUGUGGGCGUUUUACAAUGUUCUCUCUUUUAUAGUGUCAUUUUUAAAUAAAUGAAAGAUGACUCAGCAGUCUCAUCUCUAGUUCAAAGUAAGAUGCCUGCUCAGUAAUGAGCGGAGCCAGGGGUGCCCCCCCCCCUUUUUUUUCUUGGGAAAAAUGUGACUCAUAACUGGGAUGUUUUUGAGAAAAUACAAAAGUACAACUAGUCAUGCACAACUACAACUUUUUUUGGUGGAUAAAAUAUAUCAUUGUGGUAAGAUUAACUUUUCUCAAAUGUUUUCUGUAGUUUUUAACUAAUUUGACGUAAAAUACAAUUAUUUUGCCAAACUUUGUUCUCAU